GGACGCGCAAAAGAACCAAUCUUGCCAAACCAGAGGGAUCAUGUGCGCUCUGAUCCUGGCAGUGUUAUUAGGAGCGGCCGGCGUGUUCUCGGCUCAGGAGACGUGUAACUCGAGAGAGUACACCACCAGCGGAGAAUGCUGCAAACAGUGCCAGCCGGGCGAGGGCAUGGUCAAGCCAUGCGGAGACACGCAGACCGUGUGUGAACCGUGCCUUGACAGUGAGACGUUCUCGGAGAACUUCAGCCACACGGAGCGCUGUAUGCCCUGUACGCGCUGUGAAGGUCUGUUACGUAUGGAGACUCCGUGCACGGACGCCAACGACGCCAUAUGUGCGUGUGAUUACGGCUACUUCCUGUCUUCGGUAAAUGGGCAGUGCCAGGUGUGUACGGCAUGCGCGGUGGGCAGCGGCGUCCUGAUACGCUGUAAUUCGUAUAAAGACACCAGAUGCGAGCUGUGCCAGGACGAUACGUACUCGGACACGGAGAGCUCCUUCGACCCGUGUCUGCCGUGCACCAUCUGUGAGGAGCAGGUGGAGCUGGAGCACUGCACCUCCAUCACUGACACCGUCUGUGAAGCGGAGGAUUACACUCUCCAGAACUCGUCCAGCUCACCGUUCCCAUCUGCGGAACCAUCCACGACCCUCUUUAAUUUUACUGAACUAACAUCAGAGAGUCCACCAGAGAGUCCACCCGAAUCCACCGACAGCAGUUCCACCCCCGGCCCCGGACCCAAGAAACUGGGCAUCGGGUUUGGUGAUAACCUGAUUCCCCUGUACGCCUCUAUCGUACCGGCGGUGCUGCUCGGUCUCGUCGCCUUUAUCGUCUUCAAACGAUGGAAGAGCUGCAAACACAACAAACAGGACAGCGCUAACCGCUCAGGUACGGCUAACACCAGCCAGACGCCGUCACCCGAGGGAGAGAAACUGCACAGCGACAGCGGCAUCUCAGUGGACAGUCAAAGUCUACAGGACGGUCAGGGGAUGCCACACACAGUGGUGAAGAUCGACGGUGGCCUGAAUCUGCCGCUGCACACGUGCGAAGAGCUGGAGAAGCUUCUGGAUCACGAGGGUCCGCUGGAGAGCGAGUGGUCCACCCUGGCCGGCCUGCUGGGGUACGAAGACGAUCGCAUCGCUUCCUUCGGCCAGGAGGAACGGCCCAUCCAGGCGCUGCUGAGUGACUGGGCUAGCCGCGACUCGGCCAGCGUGGACGCGCUGUGUGUGGCGCUCAGGAAGAUCAACAGAGAGGAUCUGGCUCAGAGCAUCAUGCCCAAGUCCACGGCUACGUCCGCCGUGUGAGGGAAGCCUCGCUUCUGCUCAUCAAGCCAUACGCCAUGCUAAUAAACAAGCCCUAGAUAUGCUAACCGACCGCUCAGCAUGUUCAUUUAAAUGCUACAUGCCUCACGCCUUUAAACCGCGGCUGAACUCUGGACACAGUUGGAUGUUUAGUUUG